CGUACCGAUGCUUAUAUAAACACCGGUGAGCAAAAUAAUUGGCGGGCGCUUCCCUGAAGAAGGCUAUGCACCCUCCUUUGAGACUGUUUCUUGACCAGGGACCUUGAACUUGAAGGCGCUGAGGCCUGUACUUGUAUUUCUUCCCUUCCUCCAACUUCAUCUCAUCCGCUCAUUGGAACUAAUGUCUGGUCAAGUCAAGCUUACUCUACGGCCUCCUCCAAAUGUUGAUUUCGUUCACGGAUACCCUGGCAUUCCUCCAGGUGCUGCAGACAGGCCUCAGGCUGCAGUAAAAGGAGCUAUCGAGGUUCGCGCAGGUCCUCAAGGUGUCAAGGCAAAAUGGGUACGCGUGGAGCUGCGUAAAGUCGAAACUUUGCCUGGUGGUGGUAUGCAGAAUACAUUCUAUGAUUUUGUUGGUCCCAGUCCAGUUACCAUCUGGACUGCCAGUGACGAGUACGGAGUCCUACGUUCGCAAGAUUUCCCGUUUCAAAUUCGAAUACCUGAAUCCGUACCCCCAAGUAUCGCUCUGGAAAGUCGAGCUGGAAUCAAGUACGAAUUAUUAGCGAGCGUUUGCACCAAGGGUAAAAAAGGAUUUCUACGGCGUAGAAAAUCAAAUGUCGUCUCCACCCAAACCGCUAUAAUUAUCGACAAGCACGAGCUUCAUUCUACAUGGCCUGUCUAUUGUCAACCAGAAACCCGGCAAAUCACACAUGAAGGUGUCACCCUUACUGUAGAGCGUAAUCAUACCUGCUAUGGACCAGGGGAUCGAAUUUCAGUCAUGGCUACCCUCAAAUCGGAUAGUCUGCACACUAUCCUUCUCCGUGGUUUUGAACUUACCCUCAAAGAGUCGACCAUAUUUCGUGCGGGUCCGUACACCUCGGGCAAGAAGAGUGUACCUCAGGUCCGUGUAGCCGUGGUUGCAGAGACUCGGUUACCUGUCAACUUUAGCUUGUACGGCGGUAUGGUCCAAAAGGCGGAGCUGACUUGCGCCGUCUCACCAAAUCAUACUACUACGACUCUGAACACUGCGAGACAUAUUGAUAUUACGUAUGUCCUCAGCGUAAAAGCAUUAUUGGGUACUGGUCAGCCAUUGGUCAUGGACCUGCCUGUUAUUCUUUCCAAUUGGCAGAGGAACGUCUCUCACGAGGCUAUUCGUCGAAUUGGACCUGCCCCUGGUCUGUCCCUGCUACCCACUACUGCAACCGGUGGGGUUAAUACUGCAAACACUACGACCAGUCAGGUGAAUACUCGACCUCCCAUGACCAUUGAGCGACCGACCACUUCCAGUAGAGGCCCACCAGCCUCUAUUUCUAAUACAACGGGUGGUACCGCAGACAUGUCAUCCAGACCAGAUGAGUUAGGUUACAACACAAACGGGCCGAAAUCAACGAUGUCCACUGUCACCUCUUUUGACGAUUUCAAUAAGCCAACAACCGCAGUAAGGCCCAAUUCUUCCGGGACAGGCGCCAGUGCCUCUACGGGUAAUCAAUUUGUCGGAAACACUUUGAAUCAACAAAUUCGAAAGCCCACCACGCCUGCACCUUCUGCUGUAACGGCAACAAGUAAAUGGCUUAGUGCGGAGGAAGAAAAGAAAACACUGUAUGAACGGGCAAAGGCAAAAGUUGAGGAAACGCAGGCUGGAGCAAUGGCGCAAAACAAUUCAUCUGCUAUUACUCCUCCUGUCAGUGCACCAUCGGCUGCAGCUAAGAAUGCCGGCUGGCUUUCAGCGGAAGAAGAAAAGACUCGACUGUUCCAUAAAGCACAGGAAGCCGCUAGAAAGGCACAGGGUCUCGAUGCAUACUCAGCGUCACCCCCACCUCAAGAUAAUCCACCAGCUGUGACCUCAUCUGCAGCAGGAGGUCCUCAGUACCUCAGUGCAGAGGAAGAGAAGGCCGCUCUCAGACGCUACGAAGAUGCCAAGCGUGCUGUUCAGAGAACGCAGCUCGGAGGAACUGAUGAUGUGGGCUCUUCGUCUUCAUCUUCGGCCUACGUGCCUCCGCCAGUCACAAACGACCUGCCGCCGUCGUUUGAAGCAUCAGUACCAGUGGUUGACGCUCGUACCCAACUUGCAGAAAAGGAACGAUUGCGUCGUGAAUACGAAGCCAGAGAUGCAGCAGCUGUCGCCCAACGACCCUCUGUUGAUAACGUUCCGGCCUACUCGGAAGAUAAUUCUGGAUCACAGCCGCUCACUGGUACCAUUAUUCGAAGUGCCAUUGCCGAGAAGGAAAUGCUCCGCCGGAAGUUUGAGAUGCAAGACGCCCAAGCUGCCGGCUCGCCUUCGCAACCUCCGCGUCAAGCAUCUCCGGUACAAUCCAAAAGCCGGCCUACUCCUGCUCCUCCGUCGUCAACAGUACGUGUUCCCACUGCAGCGGAAGAGAAAGCUAUGCUACGCGCGCGAUUCGAAGCAGAAGAUUCAGCUCCGUCUCACAGUACACCCCCCAUAACCCCACCUCCCCAGAUCAACGGUUACAACUACGUUAAUGGUUAUACAAAUGGCACGCGUGCGGGCCCGUCCACUCCUUCAUUACCUACAUUUACUCCGCCUCCCGCGCCUCCUCCUUUGGCACCAAAGCCCCCUGCGUCUUACAUUCAAGAAACGCAAGAGGAGGAUGCCCGAGUUUCGCGAUAUGUUAACUCGGCCGCUCCAAUUCCUGGCCUUGAUAGCUACUCUAUUUCUAACGGGUCCCUUUCUCGCAACACGUCUGCCAAUGCAGCCAAUGGAUUGGACAUGCAUCCGUUCACGCCAUUUUCUUCUGGAUUUGAUGGAGGGUUGAACCCGAAGCAUAUAGGGCUCACUCCCCCACUUCCUCAAUCCAAUAAACGGGAUUAAACGUAUCUCAUUGGUUCAAGGAGAUCACUUUACCCGCAACUCUACAAAACUUACAAUUCCUUUGACUGCCGUCUACUAAUGUUGUGCUGUAUAGCGUCCGUUCAUUCAUUUUGCUUCCAGUUUUUUUUUCAUCUAUUUUAUUAUUUAUUUCACAAUCUAUACCUAAGUAUUGUCAUUCUGUAUGCUCAAGUAUUAUCUCUGUUUGGAUGCCUAAGUAUCGCAGCCCAAUGCAAAUGUCUUAUGCUUA